UUAAAUAUUCUGGGUGCUAUUUCUAGAUCUAGAAUAGAAACAUAUCUACAUGCGUUUUCCGGUAUUUGUGAGAAUUCUCACUUUUAGUUUGUUCUCGUGGUCGUUUCUUGAAUUUGGGUUUUGUUUUGUUUCCUUCUCAUUCACUGGGAGGUGAUUCCUUUUUACACAUAAAUGGAAGGUAUUAUUAUCAGAAGGAUUAUUCCCUCGGACAACAGUUGUCUCUUCAAUGCUGUUGGGUAUGUUAUGGACCAUGAUAAGCAGAAAGCUUCUGAGUUGAGACAGGUUAUAGCUGCAACAGUGGCAAGUGAUCCAGCCAGAUAUUCUGAAGCAUAUCUUGGGAAAUCAAACGAAGAGUAUUGUGCUUGGAUUCUUGACUCCGAUAAGUGGGGAGGUGCCAUUGAGCUUUCUAUAUUGGCGGAUUACUAUGGACGUGAAAUUGCAGCAUAUGAUAUUCAGACUAUACGGUGUGAUUUGUAUGGUCAGGCAAAUGAUUAUUCUGAAAGGGUCAUGCUGAUUUAUGAUGGACUCCACUAUGAUGCUCUAGUUAUGUCUCCAGCUGAGGGAGCUCCAGAGGAAUUUGAUCAGACUAUAUUUGCUAUAAGAAAAGACAGAACUAUCGGGCCAGUUGAAGGGCUUGCCCUUAAUUUUGUAAGGGAACAGCAGAGGAAAAGAAGAUAUACAGAUCCUGCCAACUUUACUUUGCGCUGUGGAGUUUGCCAGAUUGGUGUUGUCGGCCAGAAAGAGGCGGUAGAGCAUGCACAAGCAACAGGACAUGUCAAUUUUCAGGAAUACAGAUGAUAGUCGGACAAAAACAACUGAAGAAGACAAGGGAAAUGUUCAUUUUCUAUGAGGUCAUUGAAUUAUUUGCUGGGGAAAUUGACUGAAUGAUCUGGUUUAGAUUGUUGAUGACAAGGAAGAAAAUGUUUUAUAUUCAUUUUACCCGGUACUCUGUUGUUGUAAACACAUAUCAUUUUGCAUCAGAUGACAAGGGACAGUGUCGUUUUUACUGAAAAUGGUGAAAUAUUCACUUGAAAA